GCAGUUGGGGUUGGAGGUUGGAGCGGAUGCAGAGGAAGGACACCAGGUCGUAGGAAGAACAGGACGGGAAGGUCUAGCCGAAGACAUCAGCGACCUCUUCUGCUAUAAAACACCCAGCUGAACGGGGAGGGGGUACCGGUAAACUGAUUCAUACUUUCUCGAAAAUCAUAGUGAAGUAUAUAUAUCGAGACGGCUUAAUAUUAGUUUUUUGUUUUAAUUGCCCGAUUUUUUUUGUUGUUUUCGAACAAAGAUAAGAAUUAAAGAAUCAAACGUUGAGCGCGCUUGAACAGGGGAAGACACUCGACUGAGUGUAUGAAGCUGAUUGGUACAGCAAUAUCAUCACCAGGGAGAGUGGGAGGCAGAUUUGCGAGAAACACAGGCAUGGUGAAGCAACUAAAAGGCGGUUACCUGCUCCGAUACAAAAAGCGUUUGUUCGGCAAAGCAUGGCGCGAAGAAUGGGUUGUGCUGUACGAAGACUCUACACUGGCCUGGUUCAAAGAGAAAGGACGUCUGGAGCCAGAGGGCAGUCUCGUGGUGAAGGAGGCACCAGAGAUGAUGGCUGUCAGUCAGUGGACGCUGCGUAUUCCGGGUCGCCCGGACCUUCCCAGUGGCUGUCAUGUGGUCCAGCUCAUGGCGUUCGGCACACGUCGGCGAGACAAAGUCCACUGGCUACUCGCUCAGUCCGAGGAGGAAGUCAACGACUGGAUGACAGCAAUAAGCAAUACGUUGCCACCUCCGCCACAGCCCUCGAAGCCACCGGACGACAAAACAUCUCCGAGACCCUUGGACCCAGUGAACCCGCGACUGCCUCCCGUUCCUUUCUACGCUUCGAUGCCCGGAGAGGUACCACCCGCUUACGUGAACACCAACAAUCACGUGUCUCCUGCAGGAGGGGCAUUUCCUCAGAACGGCUAUACUCGGCCAGUCAUACAGCCACUGCAACCCGCGGGCAACAACACGACAAUCGUGGUGCGGGAACAUCAAGGUUGUGGCACCGCGACGGACUUCACUACAGGCGUCGUUAUGGGCGCAGCCCUCAGUAACUGGGGCCAUGGCUGGGGCUGGGGAGGCGGCCUUGGCGGUUAUGGCUUCGGACACGGUGGAGGCUUCUACCAUAACGACACCACAGACGUGCACAUCAACAAUCACUACGACGUCAACAACACAGUCAUCAACAACGAGGUCACCGCCAAUACCACGACAACCAACAAUGAAUUGACUGUUUUGUGUGUAUGUAUGUGUGUUUGUGGGGUCCAGUCCAUUCAAUUAUUGGUAACCAGAACAGGACAGACAAUAAAGCAAGCUGUGCCCGAGAGAGCUUACAACAAAACACACUCAGCGGACCAACAGGAUUGCACCCUUCAAACUAACCACAAUACAGAUCGAUAAGUAGCACAAUGUACUUAGCAGAAAUUAGGUCACGCUGUCUUCAUGAAACUGGGUCACUGACGGACCCAUGGCUCAUCGGUGCAUGUAGCAGCGGUGGAAUGAUACUGACGGGGCAAAACCGAAGGAUUCGGAAGGAAACUGCCCUAGUGCCACUUUGCCCACCACAUAAGACACUUGGACUACCCUGGCUUCGAACCCGGGCCUUUGAGAAGAGAGACCAAAGAAUAAUCACCUGAGCUAAGGCAUAUCUGUGUUACAGUAUAUGUGCUAUCACGAAGAUAGUGAAAUUUAAAACUACUUGAAAAUUAUAAGCCGAAACAUACCACAGAUGACCAUAAAUAUGUGGAUACUAUUACAUAAUACGAUAUUUAAAAAAUAAAAUCUUAAUAUUUUGUGUAAAAUUUCGUAUAAUACUUAACAUGCACUGUGUUCAGACUGAAGCUGUAAAUGAGAUACAAAAUGUUUAAAGCAAUUUAGCUUCAGUGUGUUUAAGAUUUACUGUAUACGCGUGUGUUUAUGUUGUGAUACAAUUGAGUCCCGACAUUUUAUCUUAGUGAUGUGUCCAUUUAUUAGUCUCCAAUGCCAACAGUUCAUACUACACGUAUUAUGAGACUAAAGCUUACGUCUCAGAGAAAAUUCUUGGCUUCAGAUAAAUGCAAUAUGGUGUGUCAAAAGAACAAAAGUCCAAUUCUAUGCUAAUCCUUCGCAUUCUGGGGCCACGGGUUCAUCACUGAGGAUUAACAAAUGCAAGUUAAGCGGCAUCAGAUAAUAUUAAUUUGUUCUUGGUAAAGGACAAACUACUACGUACAUUCUACUACAAAAAUAAAACAUUUUCAACAGGAAAUUUGACUCCCAACGUCAGUAAAUAAACUAUGCCAGAGCUAGUGAACAAAUUUACGAAGUUCUAUACACUGUUAUUAGAAGUGAUCUCAAAGAUGUGUGUGACCAAUGAUUGAUUUUAUAUAGAAUUUUAUCUAUAGGAAUAAUAUACACAUUUCUACUGCUAACGUGGUCAUAUUUUUUAUUUGAUUUUUACUACAAGAAACAAAUGCCAUUUUGUCUAUAUAUUCUAACGUUGAGUGGCAGAGCAGCUCAAAAUCACAGAACAAGACAUCGGAAAACAUGUUCUGGUAAAAUAUGAGAAAAAUACGCACUUAUUUAUUUUAUUUUAUUUUUAUAUGUAAUGGUGCAAUUUCAGUAUCAGUAGAAUUGUACGCAUCACUACAUUGUAAACAAAAUUUCCGUAGCCAGGCUUCGUCGGAAAUCAGGGUAGAAUUACGAGAAUAGGAAUAGAACUCAUGUUUAGAUGUAGGCCUAUUUUGUGUUUUAAAAUUGUUGACAGAUGUUUCUGAGUUAAAAUGAAGUAAGCAGAGAGAAUCAUAUGAAUUAUGUGACCUCUAAAGCCGUGGUAACUGUCAAAAUACGUUGAAGCUGUUUUUGUAACAUCCUGGGUAAAGGAAAUCUCGCAAGAGGCUGGCUACGGUCCCAAAUCUCAUCCUGCAUGUCUGAACUUGUUUCGUGAUAAUGUUGUGCAAUGUAAUGUAAAAUAUAUUUGUAAUAAAGUUUGUAAACAUG